UGCACCCUGAACAAAAGCUUUGCCAAUGCCUGACUAGCGAAACAAAAACACCAAAUGUAAUCAGACCCUACCGUAGCUUUAACGCAGUUAAUUUACUGAAUUGUUUUUGAACAGUGAAACUUUUAUAAUAAAGUAAGCUAUUAGAUAAAAGCAGAUUUCUAACUGACACCGACGAGCAAGUUUUCCCGUGGUCCUCUCUUCUUAAAGUGACUGUGAACUGGACUGUUUACAAAACCGUCGACAGCUUUCGAGGCAGCUGCUAAGCUCCACACACUCGCGGGACAAUGGAAGUGUCGCUAAACCGCCGCCAUGCGGUGGUUGUCUGCCUGCUCUUGUGCUGCCUGGCCAGCGGGCUGUCCUCCCCGGACCCUCGGCACAGAGAGGCCCUCAUACAGCUGGAGGUCUCCAUGCAGACAGGAGGGCAGGUGGUGCUGACUGAUGCUGAGAAGCGGCUGGACGCUCUUCUCUUUAAAAUGAAGCAGGAGGAGGUCUCAAGAGCAGACUUUCCUCCCGCCAUGCACUUCUUCAGGGCCAGGGACGUCAUCCGCACCAGUCCCAUCUUCAAGCUGCUGCAGAAGAUGCCUAAAGCAUUUUGUUAAUGGAAAGCCUACUGCCGACUUCCCUAAUCCUGCUGCACAAGUGGGCACCCCGACCCCCACAAAGGAACAACAAGGUGGAUGCAGAAAGCCACCAAGGAAACGGUAGUUAACUUUAGACAAACUACAACAUUUAAUGCCUCUUGUGAUUGUAUUGUUUUAUUCCAAAAUAAUAAUAAUAAUUCCGUCGAAUUU